CUCUCCGGAGGCGAUUGCUGCUGUACACAUGGGCAGAGGAGCGGUCCACCGCGGCUACUUCCGAGCUGUUGGUCCCCGCGGCAGACCGGAUCUUUCAAUGAGUUUCUCGUCCCUUCGGCAGCAGCUUCCGUGACCUCUGCUCCCCGUGAUUCUACCCUCCCUGAUAUGCCUGCUCCAAGAGUCCCAUGAGAGCGAGAGAGUAGCUUUCUGGUGCCAGUGCCCUGCUUUCAUUCAGGCAAAUUUACUAUCAUUCUCGGAGGAUGGCAGCUCUUGGUCUGUCUCCCACAUGUGCUAUGUCCAACCAGGAGCCUGCCUAUGUCCAUGAGUCAGAAAUUCCUCUUUCUUCAAAAGACCAUUCCUGUCCCCAGGAUGUGGAGCUGUUUGCAUACAAUGGCCUGGAGCCUCAUACAUCAACCCGUGUUGGUUCCCAGAAAUCAGUGACUUUCCAGGAUGUUGCCGUGGACUUCACUGAGAAGGAGUGGCCCUUGCUGGAUUCUUCUCAGAGAAAACUGUACAAAGAUGUGAUGCUGGAGAACUAUAGCAACCUUGCCUCAGUGGGGUGUCAGGUGAGCAAACCCAGCCUCAUCUCCCACUUGGAGCAAGAAGAGGAGCUGAGGACAGAGGAGCAGGAACUUCACCAAGGCCCUUGUCCCGAUUGGGAGACUCCAUCUAAAACCAAAUGGUCAAUUCUUAUGGAAGAUAUUUUUGGGAAGGAAACAUCUCAUGGUGUGACAACGGAAAGCAGUCGGCUUGGAGAGAAAUCCAGUGAAUAUGCUAACCUGUUUGACGUCUUCAGCAUGGGUGCUCAUCUUACUCAGCAAAUGGGAAGGCACACUAGCAAGAGGCCUUAUCACCGCCGGGACUGUGGGGUGACUUUCAAGAACAGAUCUCAUGUAACCCAACAUGUGAACAUUUACAAUGGGAGGAAAAUGCAUGAAUGUCAUCAGUGCCAAAAAGCCUUCACCACGAGUGCUUCCCUUACACGGCACAGGAGAAUACACACUGGGGAGAAACCCUAUGAGUGCAAUGCCUGUGGGAAAGCUUUCAAUGACCCCUCAGCUCUUAGGAGUCAUGCAAGAACUCACCUCACAGAGAAGCCCUUUGACUGCAGUCAGUGUGGAAAUGCAUUCCGAACCCUCUCCUCACUGAAGAUACACAUGAGAGUUCACACUGGGGAGAGACCUUAUAAGUGUGAUGAAUGUGGGAAGGCAUAUGGCAGGAGCUGCCAUCUCAUUGCACACAGAAGAACACACACUGGAGAGAGACCCUACGAAUGUCACGACUGUGGGAAAGCUUUCCAGCAUCCCUCACAUCUCAAAGAGCAUGUCAGGAACCACACUGGAGAGAAACCCUACGAAUGCACACAGUGUGGAAAAGCUUUCCGAUGGAAGUCCAACUUUAACUUGCACAAGAAGAACCACAUGGUAGAGAAAACAUACGAGUGUAAAGAGUGCGGGAAAUCCUUUGGGGACCUCCUCUCACGGAGAAAACACAUGAGAAUUCACAUUGUAAAGAAACCUGUUGAAUGUAGACAGUGUGGGAAAGCCUUCAGAAACCAGUCCAUCCUUAAGACGCACAUGAAUUCCCACACUGGAGAGAAACCGUAUGGGUGCGAUCUCUGUGGGAAAGCCUUCAGUGCAAGCUCCAACCUAACUGCGCACAGAAAAAUACACACUCAAGAGAGGCGCUACGAGUGUGCCACCUGCGGUAAGGUCUUUGGUGAUUAUUUAUCGCGGAGGAGGCACAUGAGCAUUCAUCUCGUAAAGAAGCAUGUUGAAUGCAGACAGUGUGGGAGGGCCUUCAGAAACCAGUCGACCCUUAAGACACACAUGAGGAGUCACACAGGAGAGAAGCCUUAUGAGUGUGAUCACUGUGGGAAAGCCUUUAGCAUCUGCUCGAACCUUAAUGUGCACCGGAGGAUACACACUGGGGAGAAGCCCUACGAGUGCCUGGUCUGCGGGAAAGCCUUCAGUGAUCACUCAUCCCUCAGGAGUCACGUGAAGACACACCGGGGAGAGAAGCUGUUCACAUCAUCAGUGUGGAAAAGGCUCCAGUAACACAUCUCUUUAAAGAGAAACAUGAGAGCGCAGACCUGGCAGGUGUAAGGAAGGCAGGAAGCCUUGAUGAACUCAUCUCACUGGGCACAAAAGAAUAUGUGUUAACUUGGGAGAAAUCCAAUUUGUGUAAUAACUGUGGAAAGACUUGGGUUUUUCCACAUCACUUUGGAGAUAGUGUGAAAACUCAAGAUAGUUGAGAAAACAUGUGUUUGUGGUGUGAAGAAGCCGUCAGUGUACGUUUAGCUCUCAACAAACGAGAACUUAGGGGGAGAAACCCUAGUCUGAUAUUUAAUGUCAAAAUGACUUUAGCAUCACCUUGUACCUCCUUGGCACAAGAGUAAGCCCACCAGGGAGGAUCUCUGUAAAUUCCAAGACUGGACAGACCUUUCCUGGUCUCACUGUAUUCCUCAUGAGAGAAAUCACACUGAAGAGAAAAACCUAUGAAAUAAGGACCAUGGGAAAGUCGGUAAUGGGUGGGCAAACUAUGGCCAGCUGUCUGUUUUUGUACAGCUGGCAAGCUGAGAAUAUUUGUUGCAUUUUUAAGAAGAAAAAUAUGUGCCAGAGAUCAUGUGUGCCCGACAAAGUUUAAAAUACUGUCUGGCCCUUUACAGAAAAAAAUUGCCAGUCCUUGGUCUACAGCAGUGGUUCUCAACUGGGGAUAACUUUGCUCCCCGGGAGACACUUGGCAAUGUCUGGAGACAUUUUUGGUUGUCAAAGCUGGGAAGGUGCCACUGGCAUGUUUUGGGAAACAUCGGGGAUGCUGUUAAAUAUCCUGCAGUGGACAGGAGGCUUCCCCCAAGAGAGAGAAAUUAUGUGCCCCAAAAUGUCAGUAUUGUUGAGGUUGAGAAACCUUAGCCAACAAUCCCUCCAUUUUUUAAUGAAACACGUGGGUACUCACACUAGGAGAAAUUUCUAUUUAAAACUUCAAAAUUAUAAUCUGUGUAAUUCUUUCAGGAAACACAUGAGAACCCACACUGCAGACAAUCCCUAUGUGGAGAUAAUUUUAUCCACAGCCCUGUCACUUGAAUCCCCAGUGGGAUUUCUUAGUAAAUGUGGAAUUGCACUUAUCAGUCUUUCAUCAUGAAAGUGGACCCCAGCUCAUGAAUUUUUAAGUCUUUAAUUUUAAGAUUAUGCUCUUCCAAAUAACCCUUAUGCCCCAUCACAGAAGGUUUGUAUAUAGUAUUUUUACUAGAAUUUCAUUCUCGAUAUGUCUUCAUUUCCUUUUGGACAACUUACUUGACCGAUGGAAUUUUUUAGAAUAGUGUUAUAUGCUGUGUAACAUGUGGGUAUUUUUAGUACCUGUUUGUUACAAGUAUCUAAUUCAAAUACAGUUGUGAUCAGAGCAGGAUGUCUUCAUCAGAUUGAUCCUUUGGAAUGUUUUUGGCCUCCCAUCCAGCCAAGAGUAACAUAUAGUUGCUCCUUCAGUAUCUCAUAUUCUUUUAUAUCAAGAAAGUCCAAGUUUUGUCUGAUUAGUAAGGUGUGCUAUUUUUAAAAAUCUCUUACAGGUUUUCCUGCAGCUAGUACAGUCCAUGUUCACAGCCUGGCCAUUGACAAAUAAGCACAUAUCACUGUAUGGGCUGUAAAAAAGCUUUUGAAAAAGAGUCAUUCUUGUCUAGAUUCUUCUCUACAUUUUUUUUUCCUUGCUCUUCUCAUUACUUCUUACCUUGAAAAGAGAUUCAGUAUCUUGUGUUAAAGGUGCAUCUUAUGACCGUGAGGAUGCAAGCCACAGGCUGAAGGGGGAGAUAACUGCAGAAAAAUCACAAUGAUCCUGGCUUCCCCCGUGGCUUCUUUGAGUGUCUGCAAUAGUCCUGGAUUUGUUGUUUCCAGACUUCCUAUUACAUGAGAAAAAAGAAAACUGAUUAUUGGUUUAAGCUACUUUGGAUAUUUGAUUGUUUAAUCUAUUUAAUAAUUGUUUUAUUGGUGGCAGGAGGGUUCCACUGUACCCAGCUGGAUGCUAUCUGUAACCCAUACAUCUGGUCAUUAGUGAGGUUGGAGAGCUGCUACAUGUGUGGGUAUAAUCUACUUAUACUUUUAGUUGUUGGAUAUGGGUUUUAAAAAUCCUUAAACCAUGUUUUUAAAUUGUAUUUCAAAUCCCUGAUGUACUUAAACAUUACUUCUUGACUUGUGUUGAAAUAAGUGUAUUAGUUUUCACAAAAGCUCUAAGAAGUAGGUACCACCAGUAACUCCCUUUUGCAUAUGGGCAGUCUGAGGCAAGGAAGUUUAAGGGUGCUCGUGUGAGGUCAGCUCAUUAACAAGUAGUAGUGUCUGUGUUUUGAGUCCAUACUCUCUUAUGUCAGGCCCUGUUUGGUGCCCUGAAUCUAUAGCAGUGAGUCAGGAUUUUUGCCUUCAUGGUGAUCACAUUCUACUUGGGAUUAAGGCACGUGAUAAACAAAUGAGUAAAUAUAUUGUAUAUCAGGUGGUGGUCAGUUCAGUGCUGGGAAAUUUAAGCAUGCUGAUGAUGAGAGGGAUGCGGGGGUUCAGUGGAACUAUUGGAUGGAUAGUGAACGCCUUUCGUUUAAGGGGACAUUUGAGUAGAGAUGUAAAUUCGCUGCCAGUGUGCACCAUGCUGUAAUGUGGGGAAGAGCACCCUCGGCAGUUCAAAGGUCAUGAAAAAGAAUUUUGCUUGGGACAGAGGGGCCAGUGUGACUGGAGUCAGGCAAGCUUGGGAAUUGCAGAAGGUGUUGAGGUCAGAGCUGGAUUGAGGUCCUGUUCACUGCAGCAUCUUGUGGGUUAACUGGAAGGACUUUGCCUUUCUUUCUCAGUGUGGAAAGUCAGUGGAGGAUUUUGGACAGAGAAGUGACAGCCAUUCAAUUUCUGUUUUUAGAGGAACAUAGUGGCUUAUGGGUUGAUAGGCUAAAUAGAGGGACAAGAUGCAAACAGAAACCUGUUAGAAGGUCAUUGCAAAGUUCAAGUUAAAUGUAACAGGGUCCAGAUUAUUAGUAGUAGGGGUGUUUUUAGAGUCACGUUGAAUGUGGCUGUAGUUUCUUUUGUAUUUUCAUCCCACAAUUCGUUUAACUAGUGCUGAUGUACAGUUAGUUGCUGGACUAUUUCCACUUUUCCCAGUUAGGAACAAUGCUGGUUUAAGAAAUUGUGUACAUGCCUUCUGGAGCGUUGCUGAGUUAUUCCAGGAGUGUGAAAUUGCUGGGUUGUAAAGUCCACAGUUGUUUCUGCAGUGUUUGUGUAAUGACACCUGUGUGGUAACAUUUAAAACAGGUUUUACUGAAAUGCAGAAAAGUGCUUAACUCAUACAGCUAAAUUAUCACAUGAACACAUCCGUGUAAACAGGCAAGAAAAAUGUUUUACUCUCAUUUCUGAUAACCCCUUCUCGCUUUGUCCACAUAACAAACCUUUCCUUACCCCUCACAAGUGACUAAUAUUCUAACUCUGACAACAUGGCUUGGAUUUUUGUUUUUGAACCCUAUGCAAAUGGAGCCACACAGUAUACGUUCUUUAGUGUCUGUCUUAAUUUGCCCAGUAUUUUUGUGAGGACCUCUAGAUAGUAAUACAUUUUAUUGGGUUCCAUUGUUUGAAUAUUCCAUUUAUUUAAGCAGUUUGUGUUGAUGGACAUUUGUCUUUUCAGCUUGGGGCUAUUGUAAAUAAUGCUGCUGUGAGCAUAUUUUAGUAUUUCUGAUAGUGCAUAAGUGCAUAUAUUUCUCUUGGGUGUAUACCCUGGACUGAAAUCACUGGAUCACAUGGGAUGCAUAUUUCAUAGAUGAUGCCAAUUUUCCAAAGUGGUUGUACAAAUUUGUUUUUCAACAGGCUAUUUUAUGGAGUUGGAUCAGAUGAUACUAAAGUUGCCUGCCUUUUUCUUACUGAUUUAUAUAUUCCAGAUGUGGGCCCUAUGGCUGGAUAUGUUUUGCAAGUAAUUUUUCCCACUCUGGCUUAUCUCUUCAGUGUUUUAAUUGGUGUCUUCUGAUUAAAUGAGUUCUUGAUUUUAAUGUCACCUAAUUUUUUUUUUUUUGGCAACACAGGACUGAAAAGCCAUUUUAUUUCCACAGUUACAGUCUUAGGAUUAAUAAAAUUAUUUUUGGAAUUGAUCUUGGAGGUAGGGGACCAUAAUAUUAAUAAUACCUCACCAUUUCCCACACAGACACAAAGCAAAUGCACAACACAACACCAGACAUACCGAAUGUCAUCUAAUCUUUAUGGGCAUCAUUCUUCUGUUCCUGUGUAAGAAACAUUUACCUACCCUGAAGGCAAGAAGAUGUUUCACAUUUUUUUCUAUAGGUUUUAUUGUUUUAGUAUACACAUUUAGAUCUACCCCUUGGAAUUGAUUUUUUUGUGUUAUUGUGUGAGGGAGGAUUAAGUUUUUUUUUUUUCCAUAUUAACCCAGCAUCAUUUAUUUUAAAAGUACAUCUUUACCCUAGGGAUUUUUCACCUUUGUCAUAUACUGAAUUCCAUAUGUCUUGGGUCUAAAUUUGGACUUUAUUCUAUUCUAUUGGUCUGUUUGUUCACACACCAUGCCACAGUGUUUAAAUUAUAAAUCAGAGGCUUUAUAAUAAGUUUCAAUGUCUGGAUGGACUAGUUCCCCCUCAUGGUUUUUCUUUUUAAGUGUUUUUCUAGGUAUUCUUGUAUGCAUGUGUGUGUGCGGGGAGGGAGGUAUAUGUACUUGUCUAUUAUCUUGUCCAACUCCAUAAAAUUAGCUUGUUGGUAUUUUUAUUGGCUUUGCCUUGAAUUUAUAACUUAUAAAUUAACUUGGGGGAAUUAAUAUCUCUAUAAUGUUGUCAUCUUAUCCAAGAACAGGGGAUGUCUUCCGAUUAGUUCAAGUCUACUUUAGUGUAUGUCAGGAAUGUUUAAGAAUUUGCUUAGUAAAAGUUUUCUACAUUCUUGUUAGGUUUUCCCUAAGUAUUUAAUAUUACAUUGUAAAUUAAAUUUUCUCUACCAUUAUGUUUUCUCUUCACAGUUUCUGUAUAUGAGAGCUAUUAAUUUUGUGUCUUGAUUUUAUAAUUUGAUACUUCACUGAAUUCUUUCAUUUUUUGAGUUCAUUUUAUUAUUUAUUUUCUGGGAUUUUCCAGGUAUACUACCGUAUCAUCUGCAAACUGAGUGAGCUUUGCUUGUUUAUCAACUCUUAAUGCCUCUUAUUGUUUUUGAUUGUCUGAUUGCAUUGGCUAGUACCUCUAGUAUGAUAAUAGAGGGCAUUCUUGCCUUGUUCUAGAGGUAAUGCCCCUAUUGUUUUUCCAUUCAUUAAGAUAAAUGUUCUUUAGAACUAAGGUGUACAGUUGACCCUUGAACAACGUGGGGGUUAGGGACACCGACCCUCCACACAGAAAAUCCAUGUAUAACUUUACUGUUUGCCCUCCAUAUCCAUGGUUCCACAUCCAAGGAUUCAGUUGCAGAUUAUAUAGUAUUGUAGUACAUAAUUUUUGAGAAAAAAAAAUCCAUGUAUAAGUGGACCCAUGCAGUUCAAACCUAUGUUGUUCAGGGGUCAACUGUAUAUUUUAUCAUAUUGAGAAAGUAUCCUGUGUUCUUGAAUGUUUUACUAUGAAUGGGUAUUGUAUUUUGUGCAAGUUUUUCUGAAGAUCAAUGAGGAGGAUUGUGAUUCUCUUCCUCUGAUUUAUCAAUAUAGUAUAUGAUAUUAAUAAAUUUCUCAAUACUCAA